AUGUCCGACAAGACCUUUACCCCCGCCGACGUGGCUACACACAACACUCCCGAUAAGGGCCUCUAUAUCAUCAUCGACAGUGGUGUCUAUGAUGUUACCAACUUUGCCGAUGAGCAUCCCGGUGGUGCUAAGAUCUUGAAGCGAGUUGCCGGUAAAGAUGCGACGAAGCAGUUCUGGAAGUACCACAAUGAAGGCGUGUUGAAGAAGUAUUCGCCCAAAUUGAAGAUUGGCGAGGUCAAGGAUGUGGCCAAGCUUUAG